AUGAAGCUCAACAUCUCCUACCCGGCCAAUGGGUCGCAAAAGAUCAUCGAGAUCGAAGAUGAGCGCAAGCUCCGCCCCUUCAUGGAGAAGCGCAUGGGCACCGAAGUUGCCGGCGACUCUCUCGGCGAUGAGUUCAAGGGUUACCUGUUCAAGAUUACCGGUGGUAACGACAAGCAGGGUUUCCCCAUGAAGCAGGGUGUUCUCCUCCCCGUCCGUACCCGUCUGCUCCUCGCCGACGGCCACAGCUGCUACCGCCCCCGCCGCAGCGGUGAGCGCAAGCGCAAGUCUGUCCGUGGUGCCAUCACCGGUCUCGACCUGUCCGUCCUCGCUCUCUCCAUCGUCAAGCAGGGUGAGAACGAGCUCCCCGGUCUGACCGACACCGUCGUUCCCAAGCGCCUCGGCCCCAAGCGUGCUACCAAGAUCCGUCGCUUCUUCGCUCUGUCCAAGGAUGACGAUGUCCGCAAGUUCGUUGUCCGCCGCACUGUCGCCAAGGAGGGCAAGCCCGAGUACACCAAGGCCCCCAAGAUCCAGCGCCUGGUCACUCCCCAGCGCCUGCAGCGCAAGCGCCACCAGGUUGCCAUCAAGCGCCGCCGCGCUGAGGCUGCCCGUGAGGCUGCUAACGACUACGCCAAGCUCCUCGCCAACCGUGUCCACGAGGAGAAGGCCAAGCGCGAUGAGCUCCGCAAGCGUCGUGCUUCUUCCAUGCGGAAGUAA